AUGAUUGCCAACGGCUUGAGCAAGGAUUAUCCGGCGGCGGCGGAUGCGGAGGGGAUCUGCCGCCUGCGGAGCGGGAUUUCGGAGAUCGACGGCGGCGGGGGCCGGAGAUCGAGGAUCCUCCGCCGCAGGAGGCUGAAGCUGCUGCGGAUGAAUUCCCUCUUGAGGGAGAAAUCCGCCGCGGACGGUUCCGUCGGGUCUAGGAAGAGGAGAUCCGAGAAUAAAUCGGCCGGGGACGGGCGAAUCGGCGGAUCCGGGUACGGGGUGGCGUCGCUGGUCGGGCGGCGGAAGGUGAUGGAGGACGCGUUGGCGGCGGAGCUUGGCUGCCUGAGGAGGGCCGGGCGGAGCUACGACUUCUACGGGGUGUACGACGGCCACGGUGGGCGGCGCGUGGCCGAGGCGUGCGCGGAGAUGAUNAGUGAAUGUGCGGUGGGGGAGGGCGGUGUCGGCGACGGGGUCGACGGCGGUGGUGGCGGUGGUGGGGGAGGAGGAGGUGGUGGUGGCGAACUGCGGGGACUCGAGGGCGGUGCUCUGCCGCGGCGGCGCCGCCGUGCAGCUGUCAGAGGAUCACAAGAUGAAGUGGAGAGAAUUGAAGGGUGUGGAGGGAUGGUGAUUAACUGGAAUGGAGCUAGGGUUAUAGGUGUUCUUGCUACUUCAAGAUCUAUAGGCGAUUACUACCUGAAGCCGUACGUGAUCCCAGACCCGGAGGUACAAGUUAUCAGCCGAACGAGCUCUGACGAGUUCUUGAUACUCGCUAGUGACGGGCUUUGGGACGUCAUUAGCAACGAGUUGGCGUGCCAAGUCGCAAAGCGGUGUUUGGCCGGUCGUGUGAUGAGGGAUUCCCUCUUCUCGAGGGCAGGCAAUGACGGUCGAGACAACCAUGAUGACAAGGACAUGCCGGAAGGUAAAAAGGUCGAAAACCGAUUUGAAGAGGCUGCAGCCGUGCUAGCUGAGCUGGCUAUCGCCAAAGGCAGUGGUGACAACGUAAGCGUUGUUGUGGUGGGUUUAAGGUAGAGGUCCAGCUCGAGCUCUUGAUAUAAAUGUUGUUUUGAGCAAAGAACAAUAUAUGUAACCACGGUUUUAAGAGAGAAUGUGUAAAUAUUUAUACGAGGAUUUAGAACUUGUUGAGCUUGCUUUACUCUUUUGAUUCUCUUUUGUUCUUUUUUUUUUCUCC